AUGUUAGUGUCUCUCGCACCCUCUUCGAACUACAACUACAGCACGAGAGCAUUAGCCCAUACGGGCGCUGUCCCACGAGGGCGCUGCAAGCGGAUGGUGUCAUCUAGAGGCGCUGCAAGCGGGUGCUACAUGUCCCGUACACGCGCUGCAAGCGGGUGCUACAUGUCCCGUACACGCGCUGCAAGCGGGUGCUACAUGUCCCGUACACGCGCUGCAAGCGGGUGCUACAUGUCCCGUACACGCGCUGCAAGCGGGUGCUACAUGUCCCGUACACGCGCUGCAAGCGGGUGCUACAUGUCCCGUACACGCGCUGCAAGCGGGUGCUACAUGUCCCGUACACGCGCUGCAAGCGGGUGCUACAUGUCCCGUACACGCGCUGCAAGCGGGUGCUACAUGUCCCGUACACGCGCUGCAAGCGGGUGCUACAUGUCCCGUACACGCGCUGCAAGCGGGUGCUACAUGUCCCGUACACGCGCUGCAAGCGGGUGCUACAUGUCCCGUACACGCGCUGCAAGCGGGUGCUACAUGUCCCGUACACGCGCUGCAAGCGGGUGCUACAUGUCCCGUACACGCGCUGCAAGCGGGUGCUACAUGUCCCGUACACGCGCUGCAAGCGGGUGCUACAUGUCCCGUACACGCGCUGCAAGCGGGUGCUACAUGUCCCGUACACGCGCUGCAAGCGGGUGCUACAUGUCCCGUACACGCGCUGNGCUAUAA